CUUAGCGUAAUCUCACGCGUGGUAUUAAGACGCGAUUUAAAUCGGAUCAGCUUAUGACAUUGGGCAUGCAGGUAUAAAGCCAGAGGAAAUAAAAAAAAGUUUGAUUUUUAAAGAUCGACAUUGCUUUUUAAAAUAAGCGGCUUAUCACUUUUGAUUUCAAACUGUCAUCCAUCUCUCUCUCUUCUUUAAUUCAAAAUGGGUUUCCCAUCACAAUUCAUGCCCGUUACGGCUCUUUUGGACGUAAUCACAACAAUCACUGCUGCCAUUCAUCUAGGCGUCUUACCUUUCGAUCAAACACCUUCCGCAAUUCAAUCCGUUUUGUCAACUGUAGGCGCGGAUGUAAGCUUUUUGGAUCGAAUUCGAGGAAAGAGUGCUUCAGCAAAAGUAUUAAAUGCUGCUGCAUCACUCUCACAAUCUACAACUCCUCGUAGAGGUUUGCUGUUCAUCAUCUUGGCUGUUUGUUUGGCAAGAUGCAGUGCAAUCUUUACCGUUUGGCGAUCGAUCACUGCAGGUGUUUCCCGUGUUCGAUCUGGUGAUACUUCGGUCGACUUCUCCGGUCAAGCGAUUGGUUAUUCAGCAAUUUGUAUAAUCUCAAUGUUGGUGAAUUUGUCAAUCUUGAAUUUACUCUUCCAAACUCAUCAUUACACUCGUCAUUCAAAUGUAGACACAAGCGUAUACGGCAUCAUCAGUCAACUCAAUUCAAGCUCUUUGGCUGCUGAACAAUUGCUCGUCAGUGCAUUGGAGUGGAUCUUGUUUGUUCUGUUUAUGGGCACAAAUCGUUCGCUCGUCAAUCCUACCGCUGCCGCUCCUGCGCAAAGGAAUGCCGCUGCUCCAGCAAUUCAAGGAACCACAUCCGUUCAAGAAUUAACAGCGCAAGCAAACAAGAAGAAGGACUAUGGCGCUUUAUCUCAAUCAGCUCAACCAAGCGAAUCGGCUGAAGCUGAAGGUCAAUCAUCAAUCGAUUCUACAACCAUCAAUACUUCAUCUCAUGCUGCUGCACCUAGUUCUGAAGGACAAACUUUUGUCGAUCCAGCUUCUCAUGAUGAAACAAAACGUGCAGGUGAUGCAUCUUUGGAUACUCAACGUAAUGCAAGCACGAGCGCAACAAGUGCUCAAAAUACCGCAGGAGACCUUACACCGAGUGAUAUCGUUGACGUACCUUCUGAUCGUAAACAAGGAAAAGAAGAUGCUCGUGAUCGUUUACAACGUGCAAGAGAAAAUGGCAAAGUUCGCAGACGUAGUCUAUGGAAAAAGAUUCGCGGAAAGGCAAGUUUGGGUAACAAUAACAAUGCCGAGGAAGAAAGUUGAUCUGUUUCUUUGACUACUCGUAAUUGCCCCGUUGGAGGAAUUGUAAGCUUCCUCAAUUUUUUAUACCUACCCCGUUCCCUUUUGACUGCUAUCCCCCAAAAUUUUGUCUUUUUCUUGAUAUUCCGAUACCCUGUCAAGUGCAAUUU